AAAAGUCACUUUCUGGCUGGAAGGCAAACACAGAAGAACAAACGUCAGUUCAGAACCGUUAGCUUUCCGUCCGUACCUCUGUGGCCAUGGACAUCUGCACAUUUUUGCUGCUAAUAUCGCUCAUGUCUCUUCACACUUUCCAUGUGAAUGGGGAGGGUUUUCUGCUGAUGCCCAUCGAGCUCGCUCCAGUUCCCUGUAACGACAAAGCUGUGGAGAAGCUUUCUCGCCUGGCUGUCACUUACAUCAACGAGGAUCGCACCGAAGGCUACAAGUUUGCCCUCAACCGCAUCGCCAAUGUCUACCUGCACGCUCAGGGACCAGGAGGUAAUGUGUAUUACCUGGACCUGGAUGUCCUGGAGACCAAAUGUCACAUCGGGAGUCCAAAACCGUGGAAGCGUUGUGACGUCAGACCCUUCAUGGAAACACAAAUCUCAGGUAACUGCAACACCACCAUUCUGCACACACCUGAGGGUUACUCCUACCUCUACAGCUAUGACUGCGCUCUUGUGCCAGAUCCUCCAGAGAAGCUACUGCAGACUUGUCCAACGUGUCCCGUCCUGCUCUCCGUAGACAGCCCGGUGGCCAUGGACACCGCAGGGAUCACUCUGGAGGCCUAUAAGAGGCAGUCCACUCUGGGCGCUGGGCUUGGCGUGAAACGGGUCACCCGAGCUGCGGCUCAGAAUGUGCCAAAAAAAGCUGUGUUUGUGGAGUACACGGUCCAGCAGUGUCCAGAGGGAUUUACGGAGAGAGGGACCUGCCAGCGACUGACUCUCAAAUCAGACACACAGACGGCAGGUUUCUGUGCAGGAUCCGUGUACGGAGAUGUGAGCAAAUACCCGGAUGUCCAGGUGUCCUGUGAGAUGUAUAAGAUACAGAACGUGGACAUGGUCCAACCGGUAAAACCUCAGGUUCACGACCUCCCCACAGACACCAUGAUCCCAACCUUUCCACCUCUGCCUGAUGACCCUGUGACUGACCUGCAGCCCAUUCCCUCUGACCCUCCGACUCCCGAUGUCGCUCAGCCACCUCUGAUUGACCCCAAAGCUACGCCCUCUCUUCCUACAGAUCCCCCAGUUGUGGCUAACCCCUCCGUUCUUCUCUCUUCUUCCAGUGAGUCUGCUGAGAGAAUAGUACAACAGAACUCAGGGACUCUGGAUUCAUCCUCUGAGGAAAUUGGAGUCCUGGUGGCCCGGCGUCCACCGUUUAACUUCCGCUACACGAGGCGUAAGCGUGACAAGCGGCAGAGCUUGACGGAGACCUCUCCCUCACACAGUCCGGUGUUCCUGUCUGAUUUCCCCAGUGGGUCAUCUCCUUUUCGAUCCUGUCCUGGUCCGGCUCGAUAUGCCACAGUGUAACCAGUCCUUCGCUGCUCAGAAAUCCAUUUACUCAUGUAUGAUUUACCCACUGAGAGUCUGAACCGAUAAACUGCUCCAAUCCCCGUCACUGGAGGCUUGUAAUAAUUUGUGCUAAUGAGAGGAAAGCAUUUUUUUUCUCUGUGGCCUUCAAGCGACCUCUCUUCUGUACUGUUGCUCCCAAAGCAGCUCAAACAUGAAUUUAAAAAUGGCUACUCACAUUUUAAGAAAUUGUAAUAAAUCUCCAGUAAACUA